AUGGCGGCCAGGACUUCUCUCGGGGUUGUGGCCGUGGCCGUCUUCGUCGUCGGCAUCGUCAUGCCCGCCGCGGCCGCUGCCGCCGCCGCGCAGGCUCCGGCGCCCGCGCCCGCCAGCGACGGCACUUCGAUUGAUCAGGGGAUCGCGUACGUCCUGAUGCUGGUGGCGCUGGUGCUCACCUACCUGAUUCAUCCGCUGGACGCCUCCUCUCCCUACAAGCUCUUCUAAUCCGUGUUGCUUCAGGGGAUGGGUAGGGUUACUAGAUAAGCUGAGGGAAAUUAACAUUUAGCUGAGUGUUGCGAGGUUUUAGAAUUGGGUGGCUUGAUUGAUUGGUUGUCAGUGGAUGAUCUGUAUCAAAAGUGUUUGGUGGAUUGAUUGGCUGGCUGUAUUGGAUUCCAUGGUUUGGUGUCCCCAGUUGGGCCUGCUGGAUUCUGUUUUAGCUGAUGAGCUGCUGACUAGUUGCCAUGUGCACUC